UACUGAUAAAGUGACAAGUGGUAAACUAGAAACAUGCAUUGGGGCCAGAAGGAUAUAUAUUUCUUUUUUCUUAAUUUUUUUUCAUUUGAGAAGUUUCUUUCUCUCUCUUCUCUCUUUCUCAUACGCGCUUUCUCUCUCUCUUUUCUCACCGUUGUUCAUGAUGAACAACAAGAACACCAUGCAUGUUCAUCCCCAUCCCAGAUUCCGGCGAGCAACCACCGUCGCCGGAAAGUCCAAUCACUUCCAUUUUUUUCCUCAACAGUUCUUAAUAUCUCUCUGCUCUCACCUUCUCUUUCUUCAUCACCGCAUCCACCACAACCUCCACCACCACCUACAAAUCAAUCUCCGAAUCAGAACGUCCUAUCCGCUUCCGGUGAUGCCGCCGUCAUCAAAAUCACGUUAUUCUUCCUCUCAGGUUCCUCGUGUCAGGAACUCUUGCUUUGGCAAUUAUUGUCACUGCCUUCACUUUACAGGUUAGAAGCUCAUCAAAAUGACAUUGAACUUGAAGAGUGGUGACAAGGCUAUGAUUUUUUGUUUUGUGGAGUUUACUGAACCCAAAUGCGCUCUCACCGCCAUGGAAGCUCUGCAAGGAUAUAAUGAGGCUGGCCUAGAAAAACCUUAUACAUUCAAGGCUGAUGAGAGGAAUGGAAGAUAGAAAUAAUUCUCAUAUGUUGAAGUGAGUUAUUUUCUCAUUCUUGGAUGCAUUUAUUAUAUUAUUUUACUACUUUUUGUGUAAAUUUUACAGCUUUAAUUAAUUCUCCUUUUACAAGUUUGAUUGAUUGCCUCAUUGAAUUGCAC